AUGGCGCCUUCUCUGCGAACCCUCGCCCGGCCGCGGCCGCCAGGGAUGCUGCUGCUCCGCGCGCUCCUACUGCUCCUCGGCUCAGUUCCAGGAGUGUGGUGCUUUAGCGAACUGUUUUUUAUAAAAGAGCCACAGGAUGUAACUGUCACAAGAAAGGACCCAGUCUUGUUAGAUUGCCAGGCUCAUGGAGAAAUUCCUAUUAAGGUCACAUGGUUGAAAAAUGGAGCAAAAGUGUCUGAAAAUAAACGGAUCCAGGUUCUGUCUAACGACUCUUUAUACAUCAGUGAGGUGGAAGGCAAGCGAGGAGAGCAGUCUGAUGAAGGAUUUUAUCAGUGCUUGGCAAUGAACAAAUAUGGAGCCAUUCUUAGUCAAAAAGCUCAUCUUACCUUAUCAACUAUUUCUGCAUUUGAAGUUCAGCCAAUUUCUACUGAGGUACAAGAAGGUGGAAUUGCUAGAUUUGCAUGCAAGAUUUCAUCAAAUCCUCCUGCAAUUAUAACAUGGGAAGUAAAUCGAACAACUCUACCUGUAACUAUGGACAGGAUAACUGCCCUACCAACAGGAGUAUUGCAGAUCUAUGAUGUUGGCCAAAGGGAUGCUGGAAAUUAUCGCUGUGUUGCUGCUACUGUAGCUCACAGGCGUAAAAGUAUGGAGGCCUCCCUAACAGUGACUCCAGCUAAGGAAUCUAAAUCCUUCCACACACCAACCAUUAUAGCAGGUCCACAGAACAUAACAACAUCUCUUCAUCAGACUGUUGUUUUGGAAUGCAUGGCCACAGGAAAUCCCAAACCAAUCAUUUCUUGGAGCCGUCUUGAUCACAAGUCCAUUGAUGUCUUUAAUACUCGGGUACUUGGAAACGGUAAUCUCAUGAUAUCUGAUGUCAGGCUGCAACAUGCUGGAGUAUAUGUUUGUCGGGCCACUAUCCCAGGCACACGAAACUUUACAGUUGCCAUGGCAACUUUAACUGUAUUAGCUCCUCCUUUGUUUGUCGAAUGGCCAGAAAGUUUAACAAGGCCUCGAGCUGGCACUGCUCGAUUUGUAUGUCAGGCUGAAGGAAUCCCCUCACCCAAAAUGUCAUGGUUGAAAAAUGGAAGAAAGAUACAUUCAAAUGGUAGAAUUAAAAUGUACAACAGUAAGUUGGUAAUUAACCAGAUUAUUCCUGAAGAUGAUGCUAUUUAUCAGUGCAUGGCUGAGAACAGCCAAGGAUCAAUUUUAUCUAGAGCCAGACUCACCGUAGUAAUGUCAGAAGACCGACCCAGUGCUCCCUAUAAUGUGCACGCUGAAACCAUGUCAAGUUCAGCCAUCCUUUUAGCUUGGGAGAGGCCACUUUAUAAUUCAGACAAAGUUAUCGCUUAUUCCGUGCACUACAUGAAAGCAGAAGGUUUAAAUAAUGAAGAAUAUCAAGUAGUCAUCGGAAAUGACACAACUCAUUAUAUUAUUGAUGACUUAGAACCUGCCAGCAAUUAUACUUUCUACAUUGUGGCAUAUAUGCCAAUGGGAGCCAGCCAGAUGUCUGACCAUGUGACACAGAAUACUUUAGAGGAUGUUCCUCUGAGACCUCCUGAAAUUAGUUUGACAAGUCGCAGUCCCACUGAUAUCCUCAUCUCCUGGCUGCCAAUCCCAGCCAAAUAUCGGAGGGGCCAAGUGGUGCUCUAUCGUCUGUCCUUCCGCCUAAGCACUGAGAACUCCAUCCAAGUUCUGGAGCUCCCAGGAAACACACAUGAGUAUCUUUUGAAAGGCCUGAAAUCUGAUAGUGUCUACCUGGUGCGGAUUACUGCUGCCACCAGAGUGGGGCUGGGAGAGUCGUCAGUAUGGACUUCACAUAGGACACCCAAAGCUACAAGCGUACAAGCCCCUAAGUCUCCAGAGUUACAUUUGGAGCCUCUGAACUGUACCACCAUUUCUGUGAGAUGGCAGCAGGAUGCUGAGGACACAGCAGACAUCCAGGGCUAUAAGCUGUACUACAAAGAGGAAGGGCAGCAGGAGAAUGGACCCAUCCUCUUAGACACCGGUGACCUUCUCCACACGCUCAGUGGUUUAGACCCCAGAAGAAAAUACCAUGUGCGGCUGCUGGCUUACAAUAACAUAGAGGAUGGUUACCAGGCAGAUCAGACAGUCAGCACCCCAGGAUGCGUGUCUGUUCGUGAUCGCAUGGUUCCUCCUCCACCACCACCCCACCAUCUCUAUGCGAAGGCUAACACCUCAUCUUCCAUCUUCCUGCACUGGAGGAGGCCUGCAUUCACGACUGCACAAAUAAUUAACUACACCAUUCGCUGUAACCCUGUCGGUCUGCAGAAUGCUUCUUUGGUUCUGUAUAUUCAAACAUCAGAAACCCAUAUGUUGGUUCAAGGUCUAGAACCAAACACCAAAUAUGAAUUUGCUGUUCGAUUGCAUGUGGAUCAGCUUUCAAGUCCCUGGAGUCCAGUCGUCUACCAUUCUACACUUCCAGAAGCACCAGCAGGACCACCAGUUGGAGUAAAAGUGACACUGAUAGAAGAUGAUACUGCUCUGGUCUCUUGGAAACCCCCUGAUGGCCCAGAGACAGUUGUGACACGCUAUACUAUCUUAUACGCAUCAAGGAAGGCCUGGAUUGCAGGAGAGUGGCAGGUCCUACACCGAGAAGGGGCAAUCACCAUGGCUUUGUUGGAAAACCUGGUGGCAGGAAAUGUCUACAUUGUCAAGAUAUCUGCAUCCAAUGAAGUGGGGGAAGGACCCUUUUCGAAUUCUGUAGAGCUAGCAGUGCUUCCAAAGGAAAGUUCUGAAUCAAAUCAGAGGCCCAAGCGUUUAGAUUCUGCAGAUAGCAAAGUUUAUUCAGGAUAUUACCACCUGGACCAAAAAUCAAUGACUGGCAUCGCUGUAGGUGUUGGCAUAGCCUUGACCUGCAUCCUCAUCUGUGUUCUCAUCUUGAUAUACCGAAGUAAAGCCAGGAAAUCAUCUUCUUCCAAGACGGUGCAGAAUGGAACCCAACCAUUAUCUCGUACCAAUGCCUCCGUGGCCAGUGGACAUGAAGUAGGAAAGAACCUGGAAGAGGCUGUAGAAAGUGAAGACUCCUUAAUGCCAAUGAUGAUGCCCAACAGCUUCAUUGAUGCAAAGGGAGGAACUGACCUGAUAAUUAAUAGCUAUGGUCCUGUGAUUAAAAACAACUCCAAGAAAAAAUGGCAUUUUUUCCAAGAUUCUAAGAAGAUGAAAGUUGAGCAGCCUCAAAGAAGAUUUACUCAAUCGGUCUGCUUUUACCAGCCAGGCACGACUGUGCUAAUUAGUGAUGAAGACUCCCCCAGCUCCCCAGGUCAGACAGCCAGCUUCCCAAGACCCUUUGGUGUUGCAGCUGAUACUGAGCAUUCAGCCAAUAGUGAAGGCAGCCACGAGACCGGAGAUUCUGGAAGGUUCUCCCAUGAAUCCAAUGAUGAGAUACACCUGUCUUCAGUUAUAAGUACCACACCCCUGACCUCCAGUUCCUUCCCUGGCAGUGAUUCAGGUGGAGAUGGCUUGAAGAGGAAGUGUCAAGACCCUGCAGUGGCGUCAGAUGCUGAGCAAACUUCCUCUUCCAUUCUGCAGCUGCCAUCUGCAAUGCUAAGCUUUGAUAAAAAUGAUUUUCCAAUCUAG